AUUUGGAUCAAACGGUUUUGCUGUGUUUAAGAUGUGGAACGGUUGCAUAGCCCUAAAUUGAGCUGAAGAAAUCCAAAGCAAAGCUUGGAUUUUGAAGCCGCAGAGAAGAGAAGAGAAAGAGAAAAGAGAAGAGACGGCAAUAUGGCAUGAACAAGCGUAGCGUUUGUUUGGAUCCAUGGCUUUCGCACCAACCAACCACAUUCCCUAAAUCAGCCCACCCACCCUCCCUCCCUCCUCCAUUCUCUCCUUUCCAAACUCUUUUUGCACGCCCACCGCUUUCAUUUCGCUUCUCCAGAAACUUUUUUCUUUUCCCUUUCUCUUUUUAUUCUCUUCUUCUCCUUUUCAUCCUGCUUGGCUUUAUCGCUCGCUCGCUGGCUGGCAACUUUCUUGUUUCUGACCAAAUGGUGAUUCGGGGAAAAAUGUUUUCUGGGUUGAUAUGGCGGAAUUGAGGGGUCGCGCGUGGGGUUGGGUUUCGUGGUCAUGAUUCGAUUCGCUUCUUCUUCUUCUUCUUCUUUUCUUCGUCGUUGUCAGGCUCAUUCGGUCUCGAUGUUGCCUGCGGAUUUCGAUCCGGAUCGCGCCAGCGAUCGACAUUCGAUCCCUAUUCCAUUGCCUCUGAAGCCCUCUCCGAUCACCGCCGCAGCAUUCAAUCCGCGCUUCUCUGACUAGGAAGCGGUUCGCUCUUCUAUUCUUCCGCUUCGCCUGCUACGUGUUCGGCUAUUUGUCGGAAUGAAUUCUGGGCAUGGGUUGGGUUUGCCUCCUUCAGGUAGUAGUAGUUUGAGUAACAAUGGCUCCGUUGGCCCGGCGGAGCCUCCUAACUCUGAUGCUGACUAUGUAGAGAAAGACCCCAGGGGUCGAUAUGUUCGGUACAAUGAAAUUUUGGGCAAGGGUGCAUUCAAGACCGUCUAUAAGGGUUUUGACGAAAUUGAUGGAAUAGAAGUUGCUUGGAACCGUGUGAAGAUAAAUGAUGUCUUGCAGUCUCCAGAAAAUUUGGAAAAAUUGUAUUCUGAAGUUCAUCUUCUUAAAACUCUGAAACAUGAAAAUAUCAUCAAGUUCUAUGAUUCAUGGAUUGAUGAUAAGAAGAAGACCAUCAACAUGAUCACUGAGCUGUUCACAUCUGGGAGUCUGAGGCAAUACCGUAAGAAGCACAAAAGUGUUGAUAUGAAGGCGAUAAAGAACUGGGCAAGGCAGAUUCUCAGAGGUUUAGAUUAUCUUCAUAGUCAAAACCCACCUAUUAUCCACAGGGACUUAAAAUGCGACAAUAUUUUUGUUAACGGAAACCAUGGAGAAAUAAAAAUAGGAGACCUUGGGUUGGCAAUUGCUAUGCAGCAGCCUACUGCCAAGAGUGUUAUUGGAACUCCUGAAUUUAUGGCCCCAGAACUGUAUGAGGAGGAAUAUGAUGUGCUUGUUGACAUAUAUUCUUUUGGGAUGUGCAUGUUGGAAAUGGUUACUUUUGAAUAUCCUUAUAGUGAGUGCAAGAAUCCAGCUCAAAUCUACAAGAAGGUUACCUCUGGCGUUAAACCUGCUUCCCUUUGCAAGUUGAGUGAUCCUGAAGUAAAGCAAUUCAUUGAGAAAUGUCUCGUUCCAGCAUCUCAAAGACUGCCUGCUAAGGAACUCCUCAAAGAUCCAUUUCUUCAAUCAGAGACUCUAAAGGAACCUAUUCGCGAUCCACUACAAUUACCCAACCAACUUCCACACUCAUUAAGUUCACUGAACUCUGGGCCUCUUUCCAUGGAUAUUGAUGCUGAUUACAACCAUUCUGUAUGUACUGGCUCCAACAGUGGGAGUCCACAUUCUGUAGUUGUGGAAUUCCAGAGGAGGCACCAGGACAAUGAGUUUAGGCUGAGAGGGACAAAGAACGCUGAUAACUCCGUGUCAUUGACCUUGCGAAUUGCUCACUUGAGUGGCCGAGUGAGGAAUAUACAUUUCCUCUUCUACCUUGAUACUGACACUGCACUCUCAGUCGCGGGUGAGAUGGUUGAACAAUUAGAGCUAGCAGAUCAUGAUGUUGCAUUCAUUGCUGAGUUCAUUGAUUACUUAAUAAUGAGAAUCUUACCCAGUUGGAAACCUUCAUCAGCUUCCAAUUCGUGUGGAAUGAGAAACACAAAUCAAGUGUCCUCAGUACUUGCUAAUGACCAAACCACGCUUGCUAAUCCAUGGGAAAAAAUGCUAACAGCCGAGCAAAGUUUACCCUCUGAGUUUAAUACAAGUGCUGGAGAAGGUUAUGUACAAGCUGAAAAGGGUUGCGUGCAUAGAAGUUCUGACUGUGGUAGUCCUUCCGUUGAACUUAAUAGUUGUCCAAGUCUGGCAUAUAUGGGAGAUACCGAGUCUCAAGCGUCAGCUUUUUCUGAGGGGAUGGCUGAAGAUGCUUCAUCAAAGACCAACAAAAUGGGCAGAUUCACGGAUUAUAGGAAUGGUGACAGCUUCAAAGACUUGAACGGGCAUGUCUCUGAAAUAGAAUUCAGGGAUUCAAUCGACGGAUUUAAAUUGCUGGGAAAUAGUAGUGCUGAAGAUAUCACGUUGAUGAAUGAAUUUGGAAAGAGCUCGGAAUCGUCUUUUGUUACUUCCAAAGUCGUGAGCUUGUCAAGCUGCUGCUCAACGUUGUCCUUAUCUGAAAGAGAUCAGGACGGCGAGCUGAAGGUGGAGCUUGAGGCAAUUGAGGCACAGUAUCAGCAAUGGUUUCAACAGCUCUCGAGGAUGAAAGAGGAAGCACUGGAGGCAACAAGGAAGAGAUGGAUGACUAAGAAGAAGCUGGUGGUUCCAUGAAUGUGUUGUCUGCUUAACAAUUUCAAUUACUAGCUUGGGUGUGGAAGAUUACGUUUCUUCGUUUUCUGGAAACUAUUAUCCUAUUGAGAUUCUUAGUACGGGUGCAUGGAACCUGCCCUGCCCAGGCCCAGCAUCUGUCAACUCCUCCAUGUACUUGGAGAGGGAAGAUCAUAUCAUAUUUACCUGGCUUGAACGAACUUGAAGAGUGUAUAUAAUUUUCCAAUUUUGUCAAACGAUUA